UAUAAUUCAGCACUUGUGUCAUAGCCUUAUUCCCAAGUUUGCCAUCGCAUUUUUUCUUACUCGGGAGCCAAUCUUCAUUUUCCUUUAUUCUUCCGGUAGGCUUUUUGUUCAUAAACAAAGAAAAUAACAACAAAAUACAAAUUUAAUACACAAACCGAACCAUCUCUGUCUUCAAAAUUGCUCUUUCGUGAUCGAAAAUUUCAUAGACAGGUCUUGUUUCUGCAUUUAGAACCAAUAUUGUGUGAUGAUGCGAUACAAGAAGGGAAAUUUGGUCGAAGUCUUAGAUGAAAGCGAGCCACCCUCAGGAUCUUGGCGUUGUGCAGAGAUUGUUAGUGGCCACGGAGAUGACUAUAUCGUCAGAUACAGUACAUGUGAUACAUCUGGAGCGCUCUUUAGGUUGGCAUCUAAACCGUUAAUUAGGCCUUGCCCGCCACUUGUAGAAUUCUCAGAGAACUGGGUUCCUGGGGAUGUGGUUGAGGUGUUUCUCAAAUACACAUGGAGAAUGGCUAGAGUGACUAAGGUGGUAGGGAAGAAGCAAGUUUUGGUCCGUUUGGUCGGAUCUCCAAAUGAAUUCAAGGUCAAGAAAUGUAACAUCCGUGUGAGGCAGUUGUGGGAGGACGGUCAGUGGGCCAAAGUUGGAAAGGGUCCAACUCAGAAGUACACUAGGAUCUCACAAUUCCGAUCUACAGGAGCAAUAUUAAGAAUUAAUAAAGUCAAUUUGAAAUUCCAAAAACCAGAUACGGGAAUUUCAAGAACAUCAAAUAGGGGUCUACCACCAUAUUCGCAUUCUUGGAUAGAAGCCAAUGUUGGAAAGGAAGGUAAAAGCUCAAGUGAAACACAUUUUACUGAAUCGGAUGGUGGCAGUAGUAUAUGCAGCUCUGUUGGUAGUUGUAGCAGUACUUCUAGCUACCAGUUGUCAAUGGAUCCUGCAUGUGAUGAAUUACAAAGCGUUGGUGAAUCCGUCCCAGAGUUAGAUCAAGAAAUCCAUAGGUUAGAGCUGUGUGCAUAUCGAGCGACUAUGGAGGCAUUGUUUGCUUCAGGCCCCUUGAGUUGGGAAAAGGAAACUUUGAUUACAAACCUUCGCGUUUAUCUCAACAUAUCAAACGAUGAGCAUUUGUUGGAGUUAAGGAAUUUAAUAUCUCAUAAUGCUUCAUCAAGCUUUUCCAUUAUUAGCUGACUGCAUUUAACAGCUUUCUUCUUUUUCAUCCCUCUGUAAGCUUUUUUCUUGUAAAAAAGAAAAAUGAAGAUUGUUAUUGAAAUUGAGCUUGUUUCAUCUAUAUUGAGUUAGCUAUGUAUCAACUUUUCAUGCAUUGUAAAAUUGUUAUUACUAUUUGUACUUGUUACGAAGAGUCUCAUAUAGGGAAAUACUUAUAUAAGGUCUUUUUUGGGGAUGCCGGAUGCAAAUAGGAAGGUUUAGUAAUUCACGGUUAGAUUGCUUUUAACGGCAAAUAGGCUUUAAAGCUUUAAUCAGCAUGCAUUCGAGCUAUUAUUUGUAAUCCAACGGUGGAUUACUAAGCCUUCCUAAACACAGUCGUCAAGCCAAUGAGCCAUAUGUGUGUGCAUUCAGUGUUUCCUAAAGUAUUUGCUCUACUUUCACGGACAGGUUUGGGACCUGUUUGGUAAGGGGUAUUUGGUUGAAAUGGCUAAAAUUUUCGAAAGGAAAAGCAUUUGGUGGCAUCCAUAUCCGUCAAAUGAACCCAGGGUUCAUGGCCUGGUGGUGCUUGAGAUUUUCCCUAUAUCUCUUGAAUUCUUGAUGUAGAUGAUUUGGGGAUGUAAGCAGCAUCAGGUUAAUGUAUGAAGUAAACACUUCGCUUGAACCUUGCUCGAGUUGGAUUCAUCUCAGUUCUAUGGUAUGUCAUGUCUUGUAAAUUCUUUAAGGAAUGAACCCCAGCAGCAUUUGAAUCUAUUUCCUCCCAAAGAGCAAAGGAGGUUAUCUCUUCCCCCACCCCAGCCCACACCAUUGUGCAGUAAUUUACACAUCUUUAGCAAAUUAUAUCAUAGUUUUAGGCAUCUCAAUUGAAUGUGUAUAACAAGUUUUGCUAAAAACUAUCACCAGCUGUCUCACUAUGGCAUAAUGGCAUGAUACAUGUUUGUUCACUCAUGUUUUUUGCUAAUGUUUUUCUAGCAUUUCUGAUUACAUUUCCAGGUUUAUUGAUGAUGGUUGCUGUUAACAGUAUCAGUGCUGCUUCCUGCUAAAUAUGGUGGCUAAUGUGCUAUCCAAUCUGCCUUACCUUACAUUAUUUUACAGCUUGUCAAAAGUUGAAUCCAGACUUAGGAGGGUGAAACCGCUUUAGCCAUGGGUUAGCUGAAUUGACUGUAAAAUAGUGAUGAGGUUUAUGUCAGAGUGCAAGUACAAAUUAUAAGCUCAUCCGGUAAUGCUAAAGUUGGCUGGCUUGUUGAACUUGUGGUGGAAAUGGCUGAAUUUGCUUAAUUACGAAAUAAUUGUAUUAAAAAUAUUUUUAUUAAUAAAACAGAAAAGACAUAUGAAAG